UGGCACCCGCGGGGACGUCCCCGUCCCCCCGGCGCCCACCGGGAAGCCGGGGCGCCGCUUCCGGUGUCCCGCCCGCGCCGAGACCUUCCCCGGCGCCACCGGUGCCACCACCAGGUCCAGGAGUGCCACCACCAGGUCCGGAGGUGCCACCGCGGUGAUGGAGGAACCCAUGGGUGCCACCACCAGGUCCCGAGGUGCCACCGCCACCAGGUCCCGCGGUGCCACCGCCACCAGGUCCGGAGGUGCCACCACCAGGUCCAGAGGUGCCGCCGCCACCAGGUCCCGAGCCGCCACGGCCACCGCGGCGUCCGAAGCGUCCCCAGAUGCCACCACCGCCACCUCCGGAGGUGACGCCACCCCCAUGGAUGUCCCCGAAGCACCUGGAGAUGCCGGCGCCGCGAUGGACGUGGCCAAAACACCUGGAGAUGCCACCACAGGGUCUCAAGGUGCCACCACAGGGUCUCAAGGUGCCACCACCAGGUCUCGAGGUGCCACCACCAGGUCCAGAGAUGCCACCACCACCUCCAGAGGUGCCACCACCACCUCCAGAAGUGCCACCACCACCUCCAGAGGUGCCACCACCCGGUCCCGCGGUGCCACCAAAGCGUCCGCAGAUGCCACCACCGCGACGGCCGCCUCCAGAGCCACCACCAGCGCCGCGCCGCACGCACCCGAAGCCCCCGGAGAUGCCCCCAAACCCCCCGCAGAUGCCCCCAAACCCCCCGGCGAUGCCUCCGAAGCCCCCGGAGAUGCCUCCAAAACCCCUGGAGAUGCCGCCAAACCCCCCGGAGACACCACCGGAGCCCCCGGAGAUGCCACCGCCGCCGAGCCCGCCGCCGGCGCGCCGUGCUCCGCCUGCCCUCGCCCCGCUCCCCCUUUCCCCUGCGCCGCCUGCCCCAAAUCCUACGGCACCCUCUCCAAGCUGACCAUCCACCAGCGCGCCCACACCGGCGAACGCCCCUUUUCCUGCCCGGAUUGCCCCAAAUCUUUCGCCGACCCUUCGGUUUACCGCAAACACCGGCGGGGCCACGCCGGCCUUCGGCCUCACCGCUGCGGCGCCUGCCCCAAAGCCUACGCCGAGCGCAAGGACCUCCGCAACCACCAGCGCAGCCACACGGGCGAGCGGCCCUUCCUGUGCGCCGAGUGCGGCAAGAGCUUCGGCCGCUCGUCCUCGCUCGCCUGCCACCAGCGCAUCCACGCGCCGCGCAAGCCCUACGCCUGCGGCACCUGCGGCAAGUCCUUCACCCAGCUCUCCUCCUACCAGAGCCACCAGCGCGUCCACACCGGCGAGCGGCCCUACCUGUGCCCGCAGUGCGGCCGGAUGUUCUCCGACCCCUCCAGCUACCGGCGGCACCAGCGGGCGCACCAAGGCGUCAAGCCCUACGGUUGCGGCGAGUGCGGCAAGGCCUUCCGGCAACCGGCCGACCUGGCCGUGCACCGGCGGACCCACACGGGCGAGCGGCCCUGGCGCUGCGGCGAGUGCGGCAAAGCCUUCGUGGCCUCCUGGGACCUCAAGCGGCACCGCUUGACCCACACGGGCGAGCGGCCCUGGCGCUGCGGCGAGUGCGGCAAAGGCUUCGGCGAGCGGGCGGCGCUGGGCAAGCACCGGCGGACGCACUCGGGCGAGCGGCCCUACGCCUGCGGGCGCUGCGGGAAGGGCUUCGGCGGCGCCUCGGGGCUGCGCAAGCACGAGAGGACGCACGGCAAGCGGGAGGGGGACGAGGGCCACAAGGUGGCCGCCGGGCCGGGCUGCGGGGCAGUGGCUACUGGAGUUCAAGGUUUGGCCGCCAACGUGGCUGCUGGAGUCGGACGGAACGUGGCCGCCGGUGUUGGCCAUGAUAUGGGGGCUCAACCGGGCCACAAUAUGGCUACCGUCGGCCACGACAUGGCCGCCGGCGUUGGCCACGAUCUCGGUGCUCAACCAGGCCACAAUAUGGCCACCGUUGGCCACGACAUGGCCACUGGACUUGGGGCCAACAUGGCCACCGGGCUUGGGCCCAGCAUGGCCACGGGACUUGCCCACAACAUGGCCACCGCACCGGGACGCAUCAUGGCCGCCGCCUCCGAUCGCGACAUGGCCGUCGUCACGCCGGGUCACGGCAUGGCCGCCGCCGGGGGACCCAUGGACUGCGGUGGCCUCAAUAUGGCCGCCGCCUUUGGCGCCCCCAACAUGGCCGCCCCCAUGGGGGGCCCCAACAUGGCCGCCCCCAGCGUGGCCACACCCAAUAUGGCCGCCCCCAGCGUGGCCACACCCAAUAUGGCUGCCGCCAUGGGAGGCCCCAACAUGGCCAUCCUCGGGGCGGGCCCCAAAAUGGCCGCCCCCAUGGGGGGGCCCAAUAUGGCCACCCCCAACAUGGCCACACCCAAUAUGGCCGCCUCAAAUAUAGCCACACCCAAUAUGGCCGCCUCUAACAUGGCCACGCCCAAUAUGGUUGCCUCUAAUAUGGCCGCACCCAAUAUGGCUGCUCCCAACUUGGCCACACCCAACAUGGCCGCCCCCAACAUGGCCACGCCCAACAUGGCCACGCCCAACAUGGCCGCCUCCAAUAUGGCCGCCCCCAGCACGGCCACACCCAACAUGGCCGCCCCCCAGGGCGGCCCCAACAUGGCGGCCCCGGGGGCGUGUCCCGCAGGCCCCGCCCCCCCGGAGCCCCGCCCCUUCGCCUGCCCGCUCUGCCCCAAGCGCUUCGGGGCGCGGGCGGGGCUGCGCAAGCACCAGCGACGUCACGGCCCCGCCCCCUCCCCGCAGGCCACGCCCCCUACCCGGGGGGCGGAGCCGCAGCCAGGCCCCGCCCCCUGACGGGGGGGGGGGCGGCGGGCUGCGUGAGGGGGCGGGGCCUUUCCUCAGAGCCCCGCCCUUAAACUCAAAGGAAGGGCGGGGCCUCCGGAGCCCCUCCUUAUUUGGGGGGUGUGGUUUGGGGGCGGGGCUUGCCGAGGCCACGCCCCCCGGUGUUUAUUGCAAAUAAAGUGGCUGAAUCGGC